ACGCCAUGGGAGCUGAGCUGAUCUGAAUGAUCCCUUCUCACUUCCAAGUACUCCACGAAUGUAACAACUUGAUGUGACCUCAGUUCUUCUCCCAUCUCCUCUUCUCCCCACCACGCGCGCGCCGCCCUGCCCAGAUGUUUCUCCACUCCCUCUUGAUGCAAAACAUGGCCAAGAACACAACAACGCAGCAGCAGCAGCAGACGAGGUCGUCGAAAGAGGCGGGCGGCGGCGGCGCGGCGAGGUCGAGAGGGGUGUCGUCGAAGAAGUCGCCGUGGUACCAGCGGGCGGUUGAGGUGUUGCUGCUGAUAUGGAAGCAGCCGACGGGGGCGGGGACGGGGACGACGACGAAGGCCGCGGCGGCGUCGGGGAUGGGGGCUCGGCUGCGGAAGUCGUCGUCGCUGAACGUGGCGGCGUCGUUCACGCGGGUCUGCCUGUGCGCGCCUAUCUCGUCGUACAAUGAGCAGGCGCUCUACUUCCAGGCGGGCGACGUGGCGCCGCGCCGGAGCUACAGCUACCCGCGGGCGUCGUCGGCGUCGGCGUCCGGGUGCAGCGGAGGCGGAAACAGCAACCCGCUGGUGGCGCCGCCGCCCGCGGCCGAGCAGAGGGCGCUGAUGAGGACGCCUGGCCCCGGCGGGGAGAGCGCGAGGCGGCCGGUGUUCCGCGGCAAGUCGCUGACGGACGACAUCCUGAUGCGGCGGUUCGUCGUCGACGAGGAGGCCACGCGGCGGCGCAACGAGAUGGAGGUGAUCCGGCGCCGCCACGCGGCCGCCGCCAAGCGGCGGCGCCUCGGCCCCAGCCCGCUCCGCCGGAUGGCCCUGGCGGAAUCGGAGUCGGAGGCCGACGACGAGGAGGAGACGACGACGACGGAAGCAGCCGAGCCGACGUCACGGAGGAAACCCCAAGCCGUACCCAUCGCAGCGUAACAGCGAAGCCUCCCUGCUUGUCCCUGUCUCCCCUCUCAAUUUUUUUUCCCUCCCUUACACUUCUUCUCCCGUUCCUUGUGCUCUUGUCGUUGUCUCGCAAUGAUGCAAGAAGAAAACUCCGAGCAACACGCGCGUUCUCUUCGACUC